CAAACAUGGUCGCUUAGCAAGUUUGCUAGCUAGUAAGCUAUCUGGCUAGUUCACUUCAUCUCCAGAAAUAACGUUACCGUUCCUGGAUUAACGGACGUCUACAAAUCGAUGCUGUUUGUAGCUCUAGUGAUUUCUUUCAAAGGCUUUAUGGUGGUCAGAGUGCUAGUAAAAUGGCCGGCUAACUCUAGGCUAGUUUCAGGAUUGUGUGGACAGUAAAGCGCCAUCACCAUGCUCUUGUCUCGGAUGAAACCAGCAGUGGGUGGUGAAGCAUCCACCAGCUCUAAUGAGAAGAAGAGGAAAAAUAAAGCGAAGAAGAUUCCAAGACUUGAGGAUUAUCUAAACCAAAGAGACUAUCUGGGAGCCCUGACCCUAUUAGAGUUUCAGCGUAAUGGCGGGCUGUCAGUGGAGCAUGCAGACCUUUGGAUUGGCUUCUGCGCCUUUCAUUUGGGAGACCACAAGAGAGCAAUGGAGGAGUACAAAGCUCUCACUUUGAGGCCGGAGUGUCCAGUGGAAGUUUGGGUGUAUCUGGGCUGUUUGCUCUUUUUCCUGGGGCUUUAUAAAGAGGCCGAGGAGGCGGCAUUAAAAG